AUGACUCCUGGACUGCCCAAGGCCAGCGUACGUGGGACUCAGAAAUGGGCCUCUGGAGAGAUGGAGAUGGAAAGCUCAAAGAAGUUCGCUACUGAAAGAGAACUGCCAGAAAGACCAGAAGUCCCCGAUGAAGACGAAGACUCCGAUUUCAAUAUUGACAUGCAGCCUUUCUACGACAGAGAAGAAGACGAAUAUCUUCUCAGAAUCGAAAACUCUCCACGGUGGGACUGGGGACGAGAUGCCCAGGGCGAUCUUUGGUACUGGCAAGUACCUGGCACAGCUGGCUACGCAACCGAGACCUGGCGUUUCGAGAACAAGGGAGAGUACGCCUACAGCAACGAACCCCUGGAUUUCUGGGAUGACUGGUACGAUGAUCGGGGGGAUGAGGCUGAGGCGACACCUACGGCUGGAAUCUGGUCGCUUUUUCCGAGUGUCAUGAACUUGGCAGUGAGAUUCCGCAGCGGGGCACAUGCGAAUCCCUACGUCGUUAUAGUAUAG